AGGACGGCGCUACAUAUAAAUAUGUCUUCGAGUUCGAGCCCAGUCGCUGGCUGCUAGCAACAAGACAAACAAGGCAACGUUGCUGGAUUGCCGCGGAACCGAAACAUUCAACAUUCCGUCGUCUUUUCCCCAAUAUUUCGGUCCUUCGCUUGGGUAAUUUUUAUUCUGUUGACGUGGGAAUUAAUGGAUCAAAGGUGGAGAGUUUCUGGGUUUUCUCAGCACCGCCGGAUUCCGGUGGUAGCGGUGGUGUUUCUUUUACUGUUUCAACAGAAUCUAAGCCCGUGCUGGUCUCUUAACAUUGAAGGUUUGGCGUUGUUGAGGUUCAGGGACAGGGUGGUGACAGACCCCUUUGGGGCUUUAUCGAAUUGGAACAACAACGGUGGAGAAGAUGAUCAUUGUUCCUGGUUCGGGGUGGAGUGCUCGGAUGGAAAAGUGGUCAUCUUGAAUUUGAGAGAUCUUUGUCUUGGAGGAACGUUGGCUCCUGAUUUAGGGAAGCUGGCUUACAUAAAAUCUAUCAUUUUACGCAAUAAUUCGUUUACUGGAAACAUUCCGAGGGAGAUCGCAGAGCUAAUGAAGCUGGAGGUUUUGGACCUGGGAUACAAUAACUUUACUGGACCUUUCCCAUCUGAUUUCAGCAACAAUCCGUCUCUUACUACUCUUUUACUUGACCAUAACAGAUUUCUUGGUUCCAUAUCUUCUGAACUCCACCAAUUGAAGAUGCUUUUGGAAUGUCAGGUAGAUCAGGAUCGACGCCUAACAGAUGCCGCCUUCUGUACGAGCAGAUCUAUCAGCUGGAGCACUGCCAAACCUGAAGAUGCAGCUCACCGUAGGCUGCAGCAGGUGGCAGAUGACAAAGCACCGUCCAGAUUCAGAAGGGCUAAAGAAAAUGAACGCGGUUCAUUACCAACUUCUGCUUCUUCAUCUUCCUCACCACCGCUUCAUCAGCCUUCUUUACCACCUUCACAGCCAUUUUCAGUCUCAUUGCCACCAUCAACAUUUUCAUCUUCACUGUCAUUAGAUUCCCCUUUACCAUCACCAUCACCAUCAUCUUCUCCUUCUGCAUCUCCCUCAAGUAGUUUUCCGGCUCCUUCACCCUCACCCUGGGUAGCGCCAACUCCCACCUCUCCAGUCCCAAGAAAUCCACCAACUACUAUUUUUCCAACACCAGGGUCCAGUCCAGCACCAAUUCCUUCCCCUUCUUCAAGUCCAAGUCAAGUGGUUCAAAGCAAUUCGAAUUCAAGGCAUCGUGUAGUUAUUAUAUGCGCAGGCAUUGUUACGGGUUGUUUAUUGAUAUUCCUUUCGGUUGUUGGCAUUAUUGUCGCCAGAAGCAGUAAGGUUGUUACUGUCAAGCCCUGGGCCACUGGGUUAAGUGGGCAGUUGCAGAAAGCAUUUGUAACAGGUGUACCAAAGCUGAACCGAUCAGAACUUGAGGCAGCUUGUGAAGAUUUCAGUAAUGUAAUUGGAUCUCUCUCAGACGGCAACGUUUAUAAAGGAACUCUUUCAAGUGGGGUAGAAAUAGCUGUGACAUCGAUCACAACGGAAUCUGCUGCAGGCUGGACUAAAAGUUUGGAGGCUCAGUUCAGAAAGAAGAUAGAAACAUUGUCCAAAGUAAACCACAAGAACUUUGUAAAUCUUAUCGGGUUUUGCAAAGAAGAGAAACCAUUCACAAGAAUAAUGGUUUUUGAGUAUGCUCCAAAUGGAACGCUUUUUGAGCAUCUACACAUAAAAGAAGCAGAGCACUUGGACUGGGGAAUGCGACUACGAAUAGCCAUGGGCAUGGCAUACUGUCUAGAGUACAUGCACCAACUGAAACCACCUGUAGUUCAGAAGAACUUGCAAUCAUCCUCUGUAUACCUGACCGAAGACUACGCAGCCAAAAUAUCCGAUUUUACCUUCUUGAGUGGAGUGACAACAGCGAAGAUGGGAUCCGUUGACAAGAAGCUUCACGAUUCCAUGUCCACAGAUCCAGAAAGCAAUGUCUACAGCUUCGGGGUAGUAUUGUUUGAAAUGAUCACCGGUAGGAUUCCAUACUCCGUGGAAAACGGUUCUCUUGAAGACUGGGCGUCACACUAUCUGAAGGGAGAUAAAUCAUUGAGAGAAAUAGUGGAUCCUACCCUAAACUCUUUCCAAGAAGAAGAGCUAAGCGAACUGUUUCGAGUGAUAAAAGACUGCGUCCAUCCUGACCGGAAACAAAGACCAACUAUGACAGAGAUCGCGGGUAGGUUAAAGGAAAUCACAGCCAUGGGGCCUGAUGGAGCCACACCGAAACUAUCACCUCUUUGGUGGGCAGAACUUGAAAUUAUGUCAACAGAAGGAAACUGAUCGUGAAACUAUUUGAUUUUCUUGUCUAUUUGUUUAUUAUUUUGUGUGAUAUCUAAGAAAGUUAGAGGAAUGGUGUUGUAGAUAACUGUCAAAAGUGAAAAUUUUAAGCUUGUAUACACGAAAAUAUACGUCUGAAAUCAAUAAAGUUUGACUUUCCGAGUGCUGAAAGCCUCCGUUUAACGUUCUCCA